ACUUAAAAGUGCUACAACACGGCCCUCCAUUUAUUCUCUUUUUCCUCUGGUCUCUGCCAGUAUAUAAGGCCACUACCCUAUAUCACAUUUCUUCAUCAGUAAAACAAUCCUCUUCAGCUUCUGUAUCUCUGAUAUUUCAAGUUUUUCUAUUAUCUUGAGUAAUUGCAAAGAAGCAAACAUGAGCAGGCCCGGAGAUUGGAACUGCAGGUCCUGCCAGCACCUGAACUUUCAGAGGAGAGAUUCAUGCCAGCGAUGUGGGGACUCCAAAUAUGGAGACAGGAUCGAUUUUGGGGCAUUUGGAGGUGGAAUUAGAGGAGGGUCUUCAUUUGGGUUGAGCGGUUCAGAUGUUCGCCCAGGUGACUGGUACUGUGCUGCUGCUAACUGUGGUGCACACAACUUUGCUAGCCGCUCAAGCUGCUUCAAAUGUGGUGCAUUCAAGGAUGACUUAGUUGGAGGCUUCAGCAGCGACAUCUUGCGCUCAAGAGGCGGCUUUGGUGGCGGCGGCGGAGGAAGACCUGGAUGGAAAUCUGGUGACUGGAUAUGCAGCAGAUCAGGAUGCAAUGAGCACAAUUUUGCUAGCAGAAUGGAAUGUUUUAAAUGCAGCGCCCCUAGGGACACUUACCAGAUAUGACUAUGAGAAUAUCCAAGCAAGACAUUAAUUACUAGAGAUGCUGUUAGAUGUUAAAUUUAAUUGCUUUGGGAUGUUAAAGACAAUGUUAAUUCUGAAAAGGUGGUUUGAAACGCCAUGUAACAGAGAAGCCACAUCCCUUAGGCUCUUUCUCAGAUUUCCCUCAAAAGCUACAAUGUUGUUUUGGUGCUUUAAACUAUUUUCUUUGGUCUGUUUUAGAGAGUUCAUUUAUUGUAUGGUGCGUGGUUUUCUUAAAUGAAGAUGAAUAUUUCUUUUCUUUAA